GUUACUCAUCCUACUAUAGUCUAUAGUAUUGUUUAUGAAACAGUGAUUAAGAAGAUAUAACUGUUAAAGACUUUGAAGUGAUGGCGGGAUUUCCAGGUUUUAGUUACCUAGGCCCCAAAGGCAAGAACACGGUUGUAGCAGGUGGCUUGACAGCUUUUGUUUUUGGGGUUUACUUCUACACAAUGAGGGCGGUUGGUGGCACAGACGAGCUUCAAGUGGCUAUUGACAAAUUCGAAGGCCAUAAACAGGUCGAGACCGACACCAAGGUUCCAUCAAAGGUCUGAUACUCACUGGCCAGGCCAUGAUAUGUCCAACGAAACCAGUUGUUUAUUUCUGUCUUCCAAGUUCUUUACUUCAUGACUUUGGCUCGUUUCUGACAUCGAGUGGCAUCUGUGUUUGAUGAGUCUCAGUCCAAUCCAUAAUACAUUGGUUAAACAAGAGAAUGUAUGAUCACGACAUGGUUUUGAUGUUCUUGACAUCGUCUUAAGUUCUCAACUUUAUCAUACUCUUUGUACCUAAAUGUUUGGUCUAAGCUAAGGUGUGCCUAUCCAAUAUAUUUCUCUUACUUCG